AGUUGCUAUGGGAUACGUGACGAGUCAACAGCGCGUCCAGCUGGGUGUUGAGUGUCUCAUUUCAGCGUCGUUGGAUACAGAGUUGUGUUAGGAAAUAUCGUUUAUGUUUCAAAUUUUGAGAUACUUUAAUCUACACAAAUACUCAGGACAGCAGAGUUUAUUCAAGAGUGCAAACAUGACAGCAGGUUCAGUGGCAGCACCUCAAAUAAUUCCCAUUCGCAUGCCGCCUCCAGGCAAAGCCAAGCAUGAGAUUGACUCCUGCACCGCUGUCGAGAUCAAAUCCGAAUCCUCAGAUGUGAGUGUCCUGUACACGCUGGACGGCAGUAAGCCGGAGAUGAUGAAGAGGCCGGGUUUUGGUGACCGCACUCUGAAGUACACUGAAGCUAUUCGCUUACCUGUGGGGAAAGUGUCUGUGAGAGCCAUGGCUGUCAGCACCGAUGGCCGUCAGAGUGCAGUCGUCACCAAGGUUUUCAUAGUGGCGCCGUCUCCUUCAGAUGAGCAGGAUCUGACUCCAGGCCAUGAGGAUGACAAUUUGAUGAAUGGCAGACCAAUCAAUGGCAAGGAUGAUUCAUUAAUGAAUUUGAAGGGGAGUGAAAAUGGAGCUGGCGUUUCCUCUAUUAAAAGUUUAGAUAUUCCCAGUAGUGAAUCUCGCAGAGCUUUGAAAGGCCCUCGGUUUCUUUCACAACGUCUCGGCCCCGGUUCAUCUACACGGCUGACGGUGCAAAACACGCAAGUAACGAACCGGAGCGCAGAUGGAGAAAGCCUCUUAAAAAACCUGACGAGCACUCAGAUAUCACGGGUCCAGAGAGAGACCGAUUUCCUUAGAUGUCCAAAGUGCCUGAGUCAUCGCCCUUCGGAUCCUUUCGCCCGGUUCUGCCUGCACUGUGGAGCACCAGUGCCUCCAAUACCUGGUCAAAGACUGCCCCCUACUGAAGGAGGACAGAUGGGUCUAUGUGUGCAUUGUAAAACCAUGGUGCCGCUCAAUACAGCCACAUGUGUGGUGUGUGAGUCUCCACUGACUCAACAACUACAGCCGCAGGCUAGUCUGAGACUACAGGAUAAGCUCAUCUGUCACUCUUGUGGGACGGGAAACCCUGCUCAUAUCACACACUGUGUCACUUGUGAAUCCCAGCUGCUUCAGCAAACCACACCGGUUUUGAGCGGACAGAGAGCUGCACCUGUACCCAGCUCACAAGGCAAAAUGGUCUCCUGCUCCAAGUGCAAUAGAGUCAACCACUCGGAUGCUCGAUUCUGCGACUGGUGUGGGGCAAAGCCCGGCCACAAAGCCAGCUCUGUGACUUGUUCUCAGUGUGGAGCUAGCAGCCAUCCUUAUGCUAAUUACUGUGGUGGCUGUGGUGUCUUCCUGGAUGGCCCACCCAGGACGCCCUCACACGUAAACCAGGGACAGGAUGCACAGGAAGCUGAUCAGUCUUCAGCCACCUGGCAGGCAGUUCCUGCACCUGAAUCAACAACUGUGCCGCCAGCUGCGGGUUUGCGCAUGUGCGCAGAUGCCCAGACGCAGACGGUGGGUCUGUUUUUCCCAUCCAGCUCUGAGCUGAAAAAACGGAGCCAACAGAGGGAGGCGGAGCUUAGCAGACAGGAGCAGAUGAGUGACAGGAAGCCCCUCCUCACUGCCGUUAGUCCAGGCCGAGGAUACUGGAGGAAGCAGCUGGAUCACAUUUGCGCUCAUCUGCGCAGUUACACUCAGAAUAAUACUGAGUUCAGAGCUCUGAUAGGAGAACCUCGGCUGGGCAGAGUAAGACCACUUUCCAGAGCACUAAAAAUUAUAAUUAUGAUAUCUGCUGUCAUUCAGGAGGAUAGCUAUGAAGUCAGUCUGCGCAUCAACUUCAUCUCUGCCUCACCGGAGGGAUCCAGGUCGUCUUCUGCAGGCCAGCAGAGCAGAUCUGUGGCAUCAGAGAGUCAGAACCUCAGUGCUGUGACAGAAGGCAGAAAUUCAGCCAGUCUGGACAGUAACAUUAAUACAGAAGUAUCGUCAGUCAACAGAAAGAAGCAGAAAAAGAUCUGGAGCUCAGACACGACAGAAAAGCAGCCGGAGUCCAAAGACAGCCUGCUCCUUAAGGAGGUGGGGCCUGAGGGGCGGGGCCAGAUCUCAGCGGUGCAGCAGCUAUUGGAUGAGGGUGCUGACCCAGCAUGUUUGGGAAGUGAUGGGCGUCCCGCUCUGGUCGCUGCCGCGCUAAACGGGCAUCAUGAUGUCAUUCCUGUGCUGGUGCAGAGAGAAGCUGAUGUUAACCAGGCUUCUGGACCGUUGAAUAAUACGGCGCUGCAUGAGGCAGCAGCUCUGGGAAACCAAGGUCUGAGGAGCGUUGAGAUACUCCUGGGGUGUAAUGCAAGUAUCAGAAAGCAGAACAAUCGGGGCCAGACAGCGUAUGAUAUUGCCGUGGCCGCCGGGAGCAGUUCUGCGGUCUCUCUGAUGGCAGCUCACAUGGGGCAGGAACUGCUACAGCACCACACCAAGGCCAGGAGCCCAUCUGGACUGGAUACAUUCUCUUGAGACAAUCCACUUCUCAACCAAACCAAAUCUCAUCAGUGUCACUACAUGUAAUACUUGGAAGAUUUGUUUAGGCCCUCCAUCUCACCAGCAAAACUGACAUAUUCAAGUGAAAUUAUUGCUUAUUAA